AUGAGGAACAACACCAUGGUGAGAGAAUUCACACUUUGGGGAUUUACAGACAGCCGACGAAUUGAAAUUUCCCUUUUUACCCUCCUGCUUGGCAUGUACUUUUUGACAAUAAUGUGGAACACUGUGAUUAUCACAAUCACACUUGUGAAUCAACAGCUCAAAAUCCCGAUGUACUUCUUCCUAAAACACUUUGCAGUCUUGGAGAUUGGAUUUACCAGCACUGUCCUUCCGAAAGCAUUGGGCAAUAUGGCCAAUGGCCAACAGACUAUCUCUCUACCUGGUUGCUUCCUACAGGUGUAUUUAUACCUGAGUGUGGGAACCACAGAGUUCCUUAUGCUAUCAGUCAUGUCCAUUGACAGAUAUGUGGCGAUCUGCAACCCUCUUCGCUACUCAACCAUAAUGAAUCAUCGAACUUGCUCAUUGCUGGUGCUCUGCUCUUGGGCUGGAGGAUUUUUGCUCAUGAUGGCUCCUGCAAUUACAUUAUUUCAAUUGUCCUUUUGUGGCCCACAUGCUAUAGAUCAUUUUUUCUGUGACAUUGAACCACUGAUUAAACUUGCAUGCGGGGACACAAGUCUCCUGGAACUCAUAUUUCUCCUCAGUGCUAUACUCUGUCUCCUUGGCACCUUGGCCAUAAAUAUUGUCUCAUAUACCAUUAUUAUUUUCACCAUUUUGUGCAUCCCAUCAACCACAAGGAGGCAGAAGGCCUUUUCCACUUGUGCUUCUCACAUCAUAGUGAUCUCAAUCACUUACGGCAGCUGCAUUGUCAUGUACAUUAAACCCAGAGGCACAGGUGAUUUAGCAUAUACCAAAGGGGUGGCUCUUCUUAACACUGUUGUGUCUCCUCUUCUGAAUCCCUUUGUUUACUGCCUGAGGAACAAACAGUUCCAGGAUGCCCUGAAGGCUGGAUUUAAGGCACUUGUUGGGUUUUCUAGGACAAGGGAAUAG